AUGCUUAAUAGUACACUCUUUGAAAUGCAAUUGGUCAAUGUUGAUGGACAUUAUGUUCAUAAGGAUGAUACUCCCCAUCCAGUUGUUAAUGAAGAUGUUGAGAUGGUUGUUGUUGAUACUGAACCCUUUCUUGUCAAAGGAAGCUCAUCUGGUGCCCAUAAUGAAGCCCACUCCUCCCUUGGAUAUCUUUUUCUAAACAUUAACCAAAUGAUGGAGAACUUCUUCACCAUCUCUGAAAAUAGGCAUCAUGAGAUUGUGAAUCUCAAUUCGGAUGUGGACUCUCGUGUGACAUCUCUUGAACACAAAUUUGACGUGGAAUUUGGCUACGAUUCUCUUAGCGAUGAAUUUUAG